AUGGUUCAGAACGGAGGUGACUUCGACCUCGACACCAACAUGGCUACCGACGAACUCGAGAAUCGCGAAAAGUACUCGCAGAAGUUGGUCAACGAGGCCUAUGCCAAAAUCGAAGCGCUCGAGACUGCCAAGGCGAGCCGUAUCAAGAUCGAACUACCUGGUAAAUACAGAGGAACCAAGGAGGAUCUCGUAGGAUUCCUGACAAACCUCCGAUCCUACUUCCGGCUUAAUAACGACAAGUUUCCGGACGACAAAGCCAAAGUCCUCUACGCCAUCAGAAUCGAUGAUCGACUCUACAUACGAGAGCAGCAGAAACGAGGUCGAAUGAACGGAACCACGGUUAAGGCCAACGACAAGAAAAAGCGAGCGCCUGAUAGCUACACCGAGUAUCGUGACGGCCAGCAACUCAGCAACGACGUGCGGAACCCAGAAUACCAGUUUAUGCGAGCGAAUCGCGGGAAAGACGAGCGCUCGAGGGACCUCGCCUAG